AUGCAAAUAGUUCCAUUUUACAAUGGUGAUCCUGAAACUCUCUUGGAUUGGUUACGAGAUACUGGAGCAUUUUUUGCCAAAGAAUGUGUCCCCGAUGCUCAUCAAGUCUUUGCUAUACGUUUUCUUCUUACUGAACAAGCACUCGAUAUCUAUAGUGCUCAUGAAGAUCUAAUUCAUAAUUUCAACGAUCUCCAAAAACUUCUCUUACAUGCAGCUGGUAAAGCUCCUUUGCGAACUCUCGCAUCACUUGAUUCCAUCUCUAACUUAACACUCUCUAUGCCUCAACCAGUAGCUAAUUCAACACGUCUCGAUCCUAAUCUGACUGCCACCCCAUCUUUACCAACAACAUCGAUUACAUUUACUCAAUCAGCAGAUUAUUUAACUCAAAAUGAAUAUCGAAAGUCCAUCAUUGCUCAAUUUCAAGAAGAUAAAUCUCUAAAAUACUCUGGUGAACAUAAACAAGAUGUUAUCAAAUGGCUUGAAAAAUUGGAACGCAAGUUCGAAAUAGCAGAAAUUAGCGAUGCUAAAAAGUUUGACUAUCUGACUGAACUGCUAGAAAAAGGAGCUCUCAAUUGGUUCAUCGAACGAAAAACAUCACUUAAUCGAUCGUGGCCAGAUUUUGUUGAACAAUUUAAAAAAGUCUAUGAUUCUCCUAAUCGAUCGCAACUUGCAUUUCAAAAACUACAGUAUUAUAAUCAAUCAGCAGAUCAAGAUAUUAGAAGUUUUUGCAGCGUGAUACGAAAGUUAUGCAAAGAAUAUGAUCCAGACAUGAGCAACAAAAUGAAACUUGACUUUCUCCUUCGCUCAGUCAAUCCGACUUAUCGUCCGGAAAUAUUAAAACUUAAAGCUACAGAUGCAGAUGAAUUUGAACAAAUUGCAAUAGACGUUGAAAAUACUUUUCUUACACUAAAAGCAUAUGAAACAAAUGCUCCAUCAACUGUGACUACUUAUACCUCUUCACCGCAAUAUUACUAUAAUUAUUCCGCUACACAACAAUCACCUGCCUCGGAUUACUAUUAUCAUCGAACACAAUAUAACUUUACACCCACUCAACGUCCCUCUUCUAACACAGCUUUUCGUCGAUUUACGUCCUCUCCAAAAUAUCAACAAGGAAGUCAGCAAUCCUCAAACUACAAUCCACCCAAGUCACCGCGACAACAAAACCUUUUCGCUUAUACCUCAGCCACUUCUGAAAUGCACCAACCAUCGAUACCUCCCCUGAUGCCUCCAUCUCAAAUUAAAACUCCACCGCAACAACUAUUUCCUUCCCAGUCGAGUAAUCAGCAAGGACACUCAACUCCUGACUGUCCUUUUUAA